UUUUUUUUGUUGCAUUCGGUAAAAUAUUACUCGAACUUGUGCCAGAAACACUUUCCAUCUUGAAUUUCUGCAAAAGACUGUUUAUAUUCUAAAGAGCCAAUCAGAGGCUAAUGUAGAAGAUAUGUCGAUCUGAACUACUUUGCCAACCUGUUUAAGUUAAAUGGGAAAUGGCCUCGAACGAAACAUGUUCAGACUGUGUGUAACCGCACUCAACAGCUGAACAUGUUCACCUGAAGUAGUUCAGACUCCCGUGUAACCGCGCCCUAAAAAAAUUGAAGUCAAUCAGCAAUUUGACAUAACUUAAACCAAAUUGUAUCUUUUACUGUCAUAAAUUAAUUUAAUAUAAUUAUUUAGCAUUACUUUUGUACCAAAAUAUAGAAUGGAAAAAAAUUAACAUAAUGUUGUUUGAUCGUGCAUCUCUUAUUACAUAUAUUACAUUAAUCUCAUUGGCACAUUUUUCAAACAUUCAAAAUUAUGCCUUUUUAUUUUUCUGAGUUCUUUUGAGACAUGCUUAUUAAAAUUUUAUUUAUUGUAAAAGUGAGAUCAAAAUCGUUCAAGUCCAGAUUUCUAGUGUAUAGACUAUGCUGCUGGUGGUCAUAAAUUUUGUUUUAUAAAAUAAUUAACCUAAUUUCCAGAUUUGUUCAAAGCACAAAAAAAAAAUUAAAAAAAAUGCAUUUUACAUUUUAAAGUGAUAAUCAUGUUAAAAUAAAAUGUAAAGUAAAAUUUGUGAUAAAAGAACAUUUAUCGUUAGAGAAAUUAUGUAAUCUUUCACUUAACUGCUUUGCAGUGUCCCAAAAGAAACUCAAAUCAUAAAAUUAUGCCACUCUGUGUCAUGGUUACCCCAGGAAGCCAUUUUUGGGAGGAAGGCAGCCUUAAACUGUUACCUUCAUCCCAAGACAGUCUCAUAGGAUGGGUUUUCUCAGGGUACUCCCACUGUUCUCAUAAUGCAUUCCAUUGCUGCUUCGUUCACAUUUCUUUGCCGCCAUAAUCAAGUUGUAAAACCCUAACUCAUUAGAGGCUUAGUUGGGAAUAUCUUACAAACACUCAGUGUUUGAGCCUGUGAAAACACUUGGAUGAACACAUGAAACACUAUAAAGCACUCAACUCACAUUCAGGAGAACUCAGCUAUCCUCAUGUGGUUUACAAUAGUUUCUUGAAAUUACUGUAGACAAAUGCUGGUAUGGUUAUUUAAAAUAGUCAAUGGCAGAUUAUUUCUUCAAUAUCCCAGAGUUACAUUGUCCUGUGGUUUUGCCGGUAAAGACCUUCAAGUCCACAAGAUUUUUAGAUUAAUAAAAUUCUGUCAAGCUCUAUGUUAAUAAUAAUGUUAUUCCUACCAGCAACUAUUUACAUGCUUAAUUUUUUUCUUUCAGGUGCAAUGUCUCUCCCAUUCCAAGAAAAUAAUAUAUAUCAAGAUGUACUAUACACAGUCAAAAGGAUUUUUGGUCUAGAAACAUUUUAUAUAAGACUCACAAGCAAUACAAGCGGAGUGAAAGUAAAUUUCAGAAGGUCAUUAAAAGCCACAGCAUACACUGGAAUCUUAAUUGUUGCCAUUCUUCUUAUGCUGGUGUAUCAGGUUGCACAAACUGCAUCAGUGUACUUUCAAGUUGGUACUGUGCUUUUUUCUUUGACAAUUGCAACAAUUAUUUUGAAUUUUUCAAGUCUGGUGGGGUUGGCUAACAUGAUCUGGAACAUCAACCCCAGGAAAGAGAUAAUCAAACUUUUCUUGGAAGUGGACUAUAUCUUGUUUAACGAUCCUAGUAAUCACAACGAACAAUCAAAGUGCACGCAAGUAUUGGCUGUUACUGUAGCAGGAAUCUACACUAUUACCCUUUUUACUUUUGACUUGUGGCUGGGAGGAGACCAUGCUGGAUUUAAUCGCAUGUCCUGCAUGUUCUCUUACUUAACCCAUUCAAUCAAUUUGAUCGCUACACUGAACUACACUAAUUGGGUUUUACAAGUGAUGACACGGCUUAAAGCAUUCAACUUAAAACUUCACCAAGUGACUUGUAAGACAUGUGGAACACGAAACCUGAACAAUAUUUUAAUGGCAAGAUCACUACUCAAAGAAAAUAAUUCUCUACGCCAGAUGCCAGGACGUAUCUGGACAAGACCUACACGUGAAUCAGUUCUUUUGCACUCUGAUGUACGAUUCAAUGAGGAAAUGUGCAUUUUCUCAUUACGCGUGCUCUUCGAGAAAGUUUCCAAAUGCAUUUUCCUAAUAAAUGAUGCAUACGGUGCACACAUUCUGCUGGUAAUUGCGUUGCAUUGCACAUUCUGCCAAGGGUACAUUUUACUUGUUACCGUAAGCGUCGGAGCUACAAAGGCAGAAUACCCUGUCAAAAUAGUGAUUAGUUUAAGCGUGUUAUGGUGUUUCCUGCAACUUUCCCAGACGGCCUGGAUCAUAUCAUCGUGCAGAGCCGCGUGCGCGGAAGUGAGACGCACGCUGGCGAUCAUACAAGAGAUGCUUCUGGAACCACCACCAGGCGAAGGGAUGCUCCAACAACUGGGUCUGUUCCAUGACCAGGUCUCAAGCAGGGACUUCUCGUUCAGCGCGGGAGGGGUUCUCAAGAUCGACUGUUCCUUGCUCGGGUACAUGGUCAUGUCGAUUGUAUCGAACGUCGUCGUUUUGAUUCAAAUGACACCUUUGAAACAACAAUAGUCUCCUAUUCUGCAUAACUUUUCAAUCUUUUCAUGAGCAAAUUUUUCAUGCUUUAAUUCGAGACAAGUUGAACGUGGGUUAACGUACUUUAAUGUUUGUGUAGUUGAUCGUUGUCCUUGUUUCAAAUGCCAAGCACAAUUUAGAUGUUUGAAAUGUUUUGAAAUAAUUGUCAUCACAUAGUUUUCCAGUGUACCAAUAUAUGUGUAAGGUGUAAAAACUAACUACUGACAUGGACAUUUAAUGUCACAUUUAAGCAAAAAUUAUUUUUUACUGGCAUUGUGAGGCUAUUUGUUAAGUCCUUUCACACAUGAUGUUUUAUCACCUGAAACAUGGUUGAUGCAGAUUAGUGUGUAGUGUUUGUAUAAGGUACAUAUCGUCAACAUUUGAGUUCAUUAGUGAUUGAGACAUAUAACACAGACUAAGGAAGCUAAGGAAACAAAAUGACUUCACAUAUGGUAAGAAACCGAUCCCAGUAUUUCGCUGGUGUAACUGUAGGGAACCAUGUCUCCAUUUCAAGAGGAGAUGAAGAAAGAAGAGGAGAGAUGGGAGUGUUGGUGACUGACAGAGGUGGAAAUUAAAAUACUCAAGGAAAGCCCAACAGGAUCACUGAAACAGCCUAUAUAUCCAAGCCUGUAUUUGCUGGAAUUUAUGUGUUAUACCAAAACUUCUCGUUUACCCAGUGUGUAUUAAAGUUGU